AUGAGUGCAGUACCAGCGUCCAGUGCGGACGAUCAGGUGAGAGGCCUCAUUUUGCGGCCUGACCACGCGAAGAGGUUCAUUUCAGCUGAAGACGUAGGAUAUCCUGACAGCAAGAAAACCCUGGAGAUCAGAAAGCACAAACUGUGGUGUGUGCCAGUGGGCGGCAGGAUCUACAUUAUGGCAAGCGGGCACAAAAAAAACGAACAAGGGUGUCCCAUCUUGCCAUGCCACGGGAUAUUGGAAUUUCAAGGCAACGAAACACUGGAGGCCUCGACUUUCAGUGAGCACUUCCAGCGCCACUUCUGUACGGAGGAAGAGCUUCAUGCCUUGCAAUCCAAGAGUCAUUCCGCGUGCAAACUCCAGGGUUGGAAAGUUCAACUCGUGGAAGCUUUCGACCCGAUCAAGUACUUGGUCAGACCUGUGGGGGAGGUCAUGAACAAGGAGUGGGUCAAAUUCCUUCCGAGUGAUUUGACAGAUGGUGCACAUAGCCUGAGCUCACCCUUUGCGCUCGUGUCUCCGACGGUUCAUAUGGAAUCACGAGAUGAUCUCGAAUUGGAGCUGGAGAACCUGAUGGAAACCAUCUACUGCAAUGACCCUGUAGAUUCUGUCGACUCCGAGAAUGAGGCACAUGAUGCAUGUCACAUGGGCAAUGCAUGGGCUGCAUAA